AUGCAAUUGAAUACAUCCGCCUACGUCAUCAGAUUUUUAGAGAAAAUAGGAUUAGCUUACGACUUGAAGAGUGUUUCAUCUGAAACGGUAUCGAAACGUAUUUUGCAAUCUGGUGAUGGAACUCACUACCGUCUAGGCAACGACGAGGCCAAGAAAGCUAUCACUGCUAUAGGAAUGCUACACCCAUUGAAUCCAACCUACAACAUGAGCUGUAAGCCACCUAACACUGUACUUAAAGGUAAAGGGUUUCCUUUAAAUCACGAGAAUGACGCCUUGCCUUUUAAUUUACUU